AAAUGGAGAGGCCCAGCUGACAGGAGGGUCAGUCUUAGCUGGUGAUGUGUAAGACGCGGUCGUGUGUCGUUUAGUGCUUACCAUGACCCGGACAGAACUACUUUGCCUCGUGGCUGUGGCGGCUAGUGUGGCGUGUGCGCUGGCCGGGGCACACCAGGACCAUGACGACGCGGGGCCCAGAGUUUACCACAACCAGUUUGCUGUGGAGGUCCCGGAAGGCGUGGAGACAGCUGAUAGAAUAGCCUCAGAGUAUGGAUUCAGCAACCUCGGCCAGAUCGGGGCCCUGGACCACUACUACCUCUUCGAACACAAACACGUCCACAAGAGGUCCGCGGAGCCGGCCCACGAGCAUCACCAGUACCUCCACUCCGACCAAAGGGUGAGUACAAACCAGCCCACCUUACACUCCCUGCCUCACACCCUCCCUGCCGCACCCUACACCCCACUGGACCGCAUGUACAUAGAUGUGUUAAUCAUUCUCUGGAAGGUACUUGUUGUGAACUUUAGGCUAAAUGGCGUUCUCAGCCCCUCUAAAUGACCGCUAGGGGUGUAUGAGGGUGUAGUAUUUCUGGAUUUAGUUGUCAUAGGUACCCGCCAGCAACCAUUAAGAAGAUCAAGCCUACUGAUCAACAAACAACCACAUCAACGAGUCUCCGAAAAUGGGCAGGGGGUACCCAACAAACAACCACAUCAACGAGUCUCCGAAAAUGGGCAGGGGGUACCCAACAAACAACCACAUCAACAAGUCUCCGAAAAUGGGCAGGGGGUACCUAUCAUCCUCAGUUAUCUCAUUUACCUUCACAAAAUAGAUUUCAGGCCUAUAACUAUCGUUCUUUUUAGGGGGUAUAUAGGAGCAUGGGCGGGUUUCUGGGUGGCCGUGAAUGCUGAAUAACUCCUUCCUCCAACAUAUCUUUGACCUGUUCAUCCACAAUUUGUCUCUCGCUGUGUGGAAGUCUGAAGGCUGUAAUGUAGAUUGGCUAUUGCCUGGUUUUAUUUCUUCUGGGUAUCUAUCUAUAUCUAUCUAUCUAUCUAUCUACACAAGUCACCUCUAUCAUCUA